UUCUUGGCAUAUAAUCCUCUCUGCAAAGCUCCUUGUUUUCUUUUUCCUCCUUCAUUCUCACUCCCAUUCUCUUCUGUCAGAGGAGGCUCCUCUCACAUGUUGGAUGUGUGUUCUUGGGUAUAUAUGUCUCCUUGUUAAAGAGGCUGGGUUAUUUGUGUUUUUAAUUUACGUAAGUGGUAUUGUACUGUAGACUUCAUUCUAUUUCUUGUUCUUCAACAUUAAAACUUUUCAUUAUGGAAAAUUUCAAACCUGUGUAAAAAUCCAAAGAAAUUUCAUUGUGUAUUUCCUUUGUGAGAUCUGCGCUAGGAUAGGUAUAUCUGGUGCAUUGCUUCUGACUGCUGCUUUUGUAUGGUCUGGUAUACGUCUACUAGUUUUACUUAUCUGUUUUCUUAGUGAUGGGCACUUAGCUCACCUGCACUCCUGCUACCACAAGCAAAGAUGUGAUGAACAUCCUGUACCCACUCUCUUAAAGAUGUGUGUGAGAAUAUCUCUAAGGUAUUGGUUCUCUAAGUGUGGUCCACACUUAGCAGCAUCAGCAUCAUGUGGGAACUUGUUAGAGAUGCAGACUUGUGAGCCCCAGCCUAGACCUCCUGAACCAGAAACCAUGAGGGCCGAACCCAUCAGUCUAUGUUUUCACAAGCCCCUUUGGAGAUUCUGAUGCUUGGGAAAGUUUGAGGACUACUGCUCUAAGCAUACAUGCCCAGCAGUGGGUGGGCUGGGUCAUAGGGUACAGGCACACCUGUUUUCACUAAAUAUUGCCAAAUUACUCUCCUGAGUUGCUGAACCAGUUUGCUUCCUCACAUGAGUGCAUGAGAGUUCCUGAUUCCCCGCAUCCUCACCAAUGUUUGGUAUUAACAACCUUUCUAAUUUUUACCAAUACCUGCUAGCUGUAAAGUGGUGUCUGAUUGUUCUAAUGUGAAUUUAUGUGAUUUCUUAGUGAAUUUCAGCACCUUUUAAUGUAUUGGUAAGGUCCCCUGGUGGUAAGUAGCUAAAGUGAUCAGCUGCUAACUGAAAGGUUGGCGAGCUGAAACCACCUGCGGCUCUGUGGGAGAAAGAUGUGGCAGUCUGCUUCCAUGGAGAUUUACAGCCUUGGAAACCCUAUGGGGUCACUAUGAGUCAGAAUCGACUUGAUGGCAGUGGGUUUGGUUUUUGUUUGGGUUUUUAAUGUAUUUGUUAGGUUUUGCAAUUUCUUUAACUAGCUUUAGUCUGCUUUUCUGAUGGCUAAUUUGCAGUUUCUCGCAUGUUCUAGAUAUUAAUCUCAUUCUGCCAUCUGUGUAUUUACUUUGUCAUUGCUGACUGUCAUCAAUGAGAAAUGUUUAGUUUUGAUAUAGAUGAAAUCCAUCAAAUUUUGUCUUAUGUUGCACUUUAGGACCUUUGAUAAGAUGUUAUUCCUUACUUCAAGAUUACAAAGAUAUUCUGUAUUCUAUCAGUUUUCUAGUUUUACUUUUGACAUUUAGGUCUUUAAUCUAUUUGAGGUUCAUCUUUACACAUGGCAUAGGGAAGGAAUCCAACUUUAUUUUUUCCUUACCAUUUUGUGGGCCAGUUUCCGUCUAAUCAUCUGUUAAACAGUGUAUUGUUUCCCUAAUAUUUUUUUGUGGAGCAACCUUUAUCAUACGUCAGGUUCCCACAUAUAUACAUGAGUUUAUUUUUUCAACUUUAUUAUGAACUAUAAUUUACAUAGAGUAAACUACACUCAUUUAAACUGUCCAAUUUGAUGAGUUUUGACAAGUGUAUGUAACUGUGAAACCACCACCACAGUCAAGAUACAUAGCAUUUCCAUUAUCCCAAAGUUCCCUUGGACCUCUUAACAAUCCCUUCCUUCCUUUGUUCCCAGACCCAGGCAACCACUAAUCUGUUUUCAGUUACUAUAGAUUAGUUUUGCAUUUUCUAGAAUUUUAUAGAAAUAGAACCAUACAGUAUGGUAUUCCUUCGUGUCUGGUUCCUUUCACACAACAUACUGAUUUUGAGAUUCUUCAGGGUGCCUGUUUUUGAGUUCUCUAUUCCCUUCCAGUCUAUCUGUUUAUAUGACAGAUUAUUAUUAUGGUUUUGCAGUAUGUCUUUUGUGGCAGAGUGAGCCUCUCCUUUGCUCUUUUUUCUCAAAAUUGCACUUGGUUAUUUGUGGACCUUUGUUCUUUCAUAUAUAUUUUGGAGUGCUUCUCAAGUUCUCAAUGAAUUCUUAGAAAUGUGAUUGGCAUUGCAUUGAAUGCAUAGUUUAAUAUGGGGAAAAUUGAUACCUUUUCUGUCUUAAUACUAUAAUUCUAUUCACGAACAUGGUUAUCAUCUAUCUUUUUAAAAUGACUUUUUAAUAGAGUUUAAAACUUCUCUGUCACGACAACAUUUUUUUCAAAGGUAAUGUGCUGCUUUGUGGAGAAUUUGAGUGCGGGCACCUUAAAGGUGGGCAGAGUAGGGGCUUUUUGGGAAGAUCUAGUUUAAAUCUCUGUUCUCCACUCAGCAGGCUUGAGUGACAGUGGGCAAGUUGCUCACUCCUCAGAGCCCCAGAUUCCUCCUUCCUCAAACAGGGAUAACACCUCCCUCCCCUGCAAGGUUGUGCAGGGGUUUAGAUGAGGUAAUGUGGGAAAGGCAUGGAGUACAGAUCUGGAAACAGAGUUGCCUCUCACUGAAUGUUAGUAUAAUACCUCCCCUGAUGCUGGCUUUAAAUAGAAUAAACUUACUUUUAUUCUGCUUUUCUUAAGGCUGGAUAACGAAGUGUCAGAAAAGGGAAGUGGUGAAUAAGCCAACCAGUUAACCACGUAACAGUCUCCAAGUCCAUAUAAGCAAGCCCAUGCUUCUGCCUAGCUUUGCGGGGGCUUCACAGAAAGUAUGGAUGUUUUCAAAUGAUUUUACAGUGGAGUGGGAGAAGAAAAGACUAAUAUACAAGAAACAAUUAGAGAACUCUAUGUGACAGAUGGUAUAUAAUUAGAGGUUAAGUAGUGCGGUGCCAGGGGAAUUAAGAGAAAAGAGAAAUCCUGUUCUGUGAAAGAGUUUUGACUUGACUUAGGGAGAAUUAGAUUAGUGAGAGAGAAGAGGUCCGACAAACCAAGUAUAAUUAACGUUUCUGUCGGGGUGGCCUUGAGGGCCCAAUAUUGAACCCCAUGACAAUGGAUAUUGUGCCUAUAAUUAAGUAUUUUAAAUCAGAGCUUUGUUUGGGAUUGGUGAUAACUAGUAACUAGUAGGUAACUAGUAGCUGUCUGUUUGAUAGUUCAGUUAAGAAUUCUGACUUGAGCCAGAAUGCCUGGGUUCAGAUCUUGGCCUCGCCACUUGGGAGCUGUGGGACCUUAGGCAGGUUAUAGAAACCCUCUGUGCCUUCCCCAUUUCCCCAGCCUUGGUGGCGUGUGUAAUAACAGCAGCAACUUCACAGGGUUGUUGGGAGGUCUAUAUAAGUUAGUAUUUGUAACACACUUAGUGCCUGGCACAUGGUAAGCAAAAUAUAAAUGCUAGCUGCUGUUAUUGCUACUUUUGUUAAUAUUUGUUGUGCUUGAGGUGUGUGAGGCUUUAUGCUGUAGAAUCGGACAGCUUUUGUGCAGAAAGACCUGGACGGAGGUAGAAGGACCUGGUCAGAGGUACAGUCCUGUAAAGUGGGCUUUCUGGACCAAAGAAGUUUGUGCACAUUGCUAGGUUUGCUGGGUGGGCGGUAGGAGCUCAGACUGUAGACUGAUUAAGUGCCUGAAAGACACUGAUUAAGUGCCUGAAAGACUGCCAGGUGCAGUCUCCCCGGAUGGCCUGCCUGGUGGGAAGUAGAGUGGAUAGAAUAAGUCAGGUGGUCGGCGUGCAGGAAGCAAGUUUUGUUUUGCUAUAUUCCUAGUUCUAGUUUUGGACAGAGAUGUAGUAAUCAUGGGGAUUCAUGUUUGUUGAGGGCUUACCGCAAGCCACUGCUCUAAACCCUUGACCCUCAUGACACUUCUAUGAAACAUAUUCAGAGACAGGAGAGUGGGACACAAAUAAUUUCCCCAAGAAAGUAGAAGAAGGAAUGCCUUGAAAGAGGUUAGUGUUUGGGGCCUCCACCAGUUGGAAAAAUAACAAGAGUAGGUGCUGUUGUUGGUGGCGAGCCAUCACAAUUACGUAAAGAGUUGUGAAACACAGGUUAGCCCAGCUGGGCAUUCCCAUGACCUUGGAAGUUUAUCGGCCUAAGCCAGUGGUUCUCCAGUUUCAGCGUGUAUCAAAGUUACCUGGAAGGCUUGUUAAACCUCUCAGUGCUGGGCCCCACCUCCACCAGAGUUUCUGAGGCAGCAACCAUUUGCUUGCCUAACAUGUUCUCAGAUGACAUUGAGGCUGCUGGUCUGGGGACCGCUCUUUGAGAGCCACUGCCACAGGCAGUACCCCUGUCCACAAGGAAUCAGCUGCUCCUGGUUGUAGUUAACAAUAAGCCGGGAUUGAUUUCAGAUUUAGAAAUUUUAAGUACUUUCUACUUCAUGAAAUAAAAACUGACUCACAUGGUCUGUUUAUGUAGGACAGCAAAAGGAUAUCUGAGUCGGCGCAGAGGAGAAAUUUGCUUUUUCUGCUGCUCAGUGUUUCUGACAUGGCUCAGGAUAUAUAACCUAGGGUGGAGAGAAAACGUGGAAACGCAUGUUAACUUCAUUGGAAGCAUGAAGUGUCAUCUGAUGCCUCUCUUCUUAGGAAGGUAGCCUGAUUUUUUUAAAUUUCAUUUUCCGUCUUCUCUACAACCUGCCAUAAACUAGGAAAAAAAAGAAAAAGGCUUUAUGCCACCAUUUAUUCCCAUGGGAGAAUUUAGGCACAGAGAAAUUGAAAGUAUAUUAAGAUACAUAACUUGACAGUGGGAAGGUGGAAGAUACUUAUUUGACUGGGUUAGUUGUAGUAGAAAACUGUGUUUGUAGGAAGCCACCAAAUUAAAAAAAAAAAAAAAUGCUGUGUGCCUAUCUCCUUCAUCUGUUGUGAGGUAUAAUAGCUACCUUGUGUAAACAGUUUAGUACAGCCACUAUGGGAAGCGCUCAAGAAUUGUAAGCUGUUAUCAUUACAGCAAAGAUUUGUUGUUUUGCAAUUCAGACGGCAUCUUUUCCAUCUGAAAAUGUUACACACAAAAUUGGAGAAUGAGGAAUUUUUACAAUUGCAAGAUUUUGUAGGAGCUUGGGAGUUGGAACUAACUCAGAUCUUACCGCUGAAAGCAUGAGUUAAAGGAGAGCGACAGAAGUGAGUUGUUUGGGAGGAAAGAUUGGUCUAGAUCUUUCCCUGGGCCAGUUGUCAAGGCUUUCCUGUGGUCUAGAUCUUUCCCCGGGCUCAUUGUCAGGGCACUUCUGUGACCCCGUAGGCCUGGAGAGGCUUGCUUGCUUGGUAAAGGUAUGUGAUGGAGCAGAGAGGAUGGGGGUUGCCAAGGAAAGAUGGGGGAGGCUGGAGUGGCCUGUUCAUGUGUGCGAGACGCUUUCAAGUCUUGUCCUUAUAAUUCAUAGCUUACAGUGGUAGUAAACACAUAUUGAAGGUCAGCUGCGGCCUAGAACCCUUAGUAAGCCCAGAGAUCGUGAGAUGGCGCCUGGAGGGUUCGUGGGAGACAGACAUGUCCACAGAUAAAUGUUAACAUCGAGUAGUGAGUGCCGUAGUGCAGCUGCACACCAAGCCUGAGAAUGUGUAGAAGAAGGUCACUGAUACCACAGGAUAGUGGUAUUUUGGGAUCUUUGCUUUUGGUUUUAAAAUAACAUGAGGUUUACUUUUUCAGUGAGGUAACUCUGACAAGCAUUAAGUGGUCAGCAAAGGGGAAGUUGGAAACUGGGACUGCAUUUCAAAACUACUUAGGAACCCUUACGGGAGCACUUGAUGGUUUACUUUCUUUGUCUUUUAAAAUUGUGGCUACAUUUUAGCUGCUGCUUAGAAAUGUGGAACCUGGAGAAGAUUAAUGACUUUCUCUCUUUAAGGUAGAUCAGCUUUUUAAAGAAACUCUUUAUUGAAAAACAGGGUUUCAGCUUAUUUCCCCCGAAUUUUUGGCCAAGUGCUAAAUUCCACUUUUAUUUUUGUUCUCGGUGUACAUUUUUUAAUUUUCUCUGCCUUUCCCUUCCUCCCUCCUUCCUUUCUUCUUCCUUCCUUCCUUCAUGCCCUUACAAAUAAUUUGCAAGCCCAGGCAUAUCUGCCAGUGGUGUGACCUUGAGAAACUUGGGCCCUCUGCUUCCUUAUCUGUAAAGGAGAGUUUGGAUUAGUUGACCCCUGGUCAUCUAGUUCCUGAAUUCCAUGAGUCCUGUGAUUAGAGGACACCUGAAAUGAGUGGCUCAUGAGCUCCCCAUUAUCAAUCUUUUAUUAUCCUGCUAAUAAAAAAAGAGUCUUAUUUCACUGGUUUUCUCCGACCUGGUUAGUUGUUGGUCCAGAUCACUUUAUAGAAGCAGCAGAAAGUGGUUGAUUCUCCAGCUGUUUGUAUUUUUCAGGUUAUGACUGAUACCUCUCCUGACAAAUUUUUCCAUUCAAGUGCAAAAUGUGUGAUGUUUGUUUAGUCUUUUUGAAAGUUUUCACGCUGAUAUAUUCUGUGAAUUCAUGAAGGAUGGGCUGUUAUAACUAAUCUAAUAUUGGGAAGGGAGGUGUUUUGCUGGCAGCUUGUCCCCCUAAUGCCUUAGCAAACCCAGGCCAAUGGUUUGGACUGAUGUCUGAAAACAAGGUGUGGGUGAGGUGGGUGUGCAGAGGUACACAAGGCCAAACAAGAAAAGGAGUUGAUUACUCCUAAGGAGAACUAGUCAGGGAGAGGGGAGUGUGUGGGGUCGGCAGGGGAAGUGGCUGGGUUGCAGGUGCACCAGUGGGUCGAUGAGGACAGGAGAGCUGAUAUCUGGCAUGCUGGUCCUGCCACAGGACCAAAAUGGAAGUUGUAAAAGGAACACCCUGUAUGGGAGAAUCUGGGCCUGUGAGCCUGAACUAGGCUUUCCUGGUCACCUGAGAUGGAGCGAGGGCAGGUGGGGACAGGCAUGACUGGCUGCCCAGGCACACCUGUGAGGUUGUAAUGAACUCCUUGAGCCAUUUUUGUGUGAAUGGGAGAAAAAAAGGAUCCUUCUGGAUAACAGGAACUAGGAAAGACCAGGACCCAGGGCCCUGAUUUUGAAAGCUAGUUGGGGAGUGGUAGAAACAGCAAUAUACUCGAUUUAAACUUACUUGUGGCACUGGUUUUUUCUUGUGUGAAAUGGUAAUAAUAAUCACUACAUCACAGUGUUGUUGUACGAAAACCCUUGGUAUAUGCCUUCCGUAAUGCGGGGCAGCAUUCUGCAGUUGUUGUGGAGGUGGCCUUGGAAAGUGGCAUGGAGUGUGACCCAGGGAUUUCUGCCUCUCAGAAGGAGGGAGUGCAGGUUCCCUUUCCUCUCAUGGGGAGGCAUGCUGACUAAAUGGACUACGAGUCAGUCUUGGAGCUCUUGCACAGGGACUGUCCCUCCUUCCCUAGCUUCCUGGCCAUGUGUUAAGAUUUUUCACCAUGUGGACUUUGUCAUCCUUUCCCUGAUGUUUCUACCUGAUCUUAUCUGAGAGCCUGCCCCAUUACUCCUUCUGGCUGUUAUUUUAUGUCCUCAUUUUGAAGUCUCAAGUCUACAGAAUGUUCCAUGUGUGUCACUGCUUUCCAUGGAAGUCUUCGUGGACGGCCUCAGUCUCAAACCUAAACAUUCAGUUCAUCUGCAGCUGUGACCCUGGACAAAGCUAAGGAUAUAGGUGUGAACAAAGUGGAGUCUCAGCUGCAAGGAGUUUUCUUGUAAUGGGGCAGACAAACAACAAUUAAGUAAACAAAUUUGUAGCAUGUCCGGUGGUCUGGAGGCAAAGCCUCACCUGGGCCUUGUAACGGCUCUGUCGCCCAUGCACAAGGUCGGUAACUUGACAUUUUCUUUACUGACUCUGUCUGUGUAGUGACACCUGAGGUACUCUGAAAGGCCUACAGAAUUACCAGCAGUUGUGCUGGGCAGUGUUCCAGGUUUCCAUCGGGCCCUGAACAUGGCUGGCUUCUCUCAUCCCUUUGAUUUUAGAAGCAGACACGGGAUGGUGAGAUGACUGAGGAAUUUCUCAAGCCUCCUUUUGGCCAUUUGUUUGAACGCUCUCUCACUGGCCUAGAGGUUCUCACUGGGGUCCAUGGAUGGCGUCGUGAAGCCACUGAAAUAAAAUUUAUCAUUUUGGGCAUGUACUCAAGUGUACUUUUCUGGGUAGAACGUCCAUAGCUUUCAUGAAAUUCACCAGGAAUGUCUCUGAAACGUCCAUUUUAAUGAAAGCAGAAAAAGGUUACAGUUGUGCUAGUGAGAGUUUCUCUUCAUUGACCUCUUUCUUUUUUUAGAGGGGCUAAUAAUAAAAAAUGCGUCUGUGGUGGUGCAAAUGGUUAAGCACUUGACACUGCUAGCUGAAAGGUUGGCCGUGUGAAUGCACCCAGAGGUGCCUCAGAAGACAGGCCAGAUCACUCCUGAAAAUCCUAUGGAGCAGUUUUACUCCGCACUCAUGAGGUCACCGUGUGUUUAAAUAGACUCGACAACAACUACCAACAACUCCAACAAUAAUGAGAAGUAACUGCCCAAAAGGGAGGAGGCAGGCACACACCAAGAGACUCAUUGCAUUUACUUAGGUCUUGAGAUUUCUGUGUCUUAGUUAUUCCUCUGAGAAAAUAAGAGCAGCAAAAUGAUGUAGCUGGUGUCAUUGGAAGAUGAGCUAACUGAGGGGGAGGGAAGGUGGGAAGGAAGUGUGCUGCAACAAUGUGGUUUUCUCCUCUACUGCGCAAGAAGAGAAGGUUGAGCCCUGAGGGGACAAGCAAGAGACUACUUGGAGCAGAUGCUCCUUCUCAGAUUUCUGCAUUUGAUGGACACUGAAAAUAGGUCUGGAGAGGACAGUUUAGGACUGGCUGUUGCUGUCAAAGGCACCUGUUUAAGGAAAUUCCUCUGUUUGAGAAGUUUACGGUUUGUUGUUGAUUGCAACUUUAAAGUCCUUUUCAAAUGUUAUGGCUGUCCAGUUGAAAACAAUUAUGCAGAUGUUCUUUCAUGACUACAGAGGAUUGUACAGUUUAUUUUUCUUCCCGCCUCAAUUUUCUUUAUUACCUUGAGUUAACAUUUGGAGCUGUGGUGUGCAACGUUAAAAACAGAAGAGAUACAAUAAAACUUCCUCUUCCCAGAGCCCUUUGGAAAUUAUUUGAGAUGGUUUCCAGGAAGCUUGAAAUACUUUGAAGAGAUGUUGCUAUUUGAAGGUGAGGGCAGCAUGAAUGAUCCCUGAUGUACCUUUAGGCAUAUUUAGCCAUUCAUUGUUGAUUAGGAAAAAGAAGACGGCCAUCUACUUGAAAGUAAAGUCGACAAACGUCCCCAGGCCUCUCCCCAGGUACCAGGGAAGGAAGAAGCCGUGACCUUCUGAGCAUCUGAAAGACAUACCACUGAGUUCUUCGAGAUGCAUGGAAGUGUCUGGUUGGGAAGCUUAUGAAGUAGAAGUCAAGACCCUGCCUCAAGAAGCGUACAUGAGAAUAAUUUUAAAGGAACCUAUCAAUAAAUGCAAAACAGUAGCUGUUGGAGGUGAUGAAAAAUGUACUGGAACAGUGGGAGAAGCUGGUAGCUUAUAGGAAGCCAAGAUGACCAGAAUUUUCUAAAGUAAUCAAAGGAAGAAUCUUAUUCAACAAUGAGGUGAAUUAAUGCUCAGGCACUCAAGAACCCUGGACAGCUACAUGAAGUGUUUAAAAACUGCCCUGACCAUCUUGCCAAACAAGUCUCUGCUCACGAGGCCUGAUAGGAUGAGCGAGCCGAGGAGGGACGAUGUCCUGCCCUGUAGGAACAGUGAUUGCUGACCUGUCGUGAGCAAGCUGGGGACCGCAUGCUGUCUGCCAGUACAAUGAAGGAAGUGGUUUAUUGGUCACCCAAGAAGGUGGCCGACUGGCUGUUGGAGAAUGCUAUGCCAGAAUACUGUGAGUCUCUGGAACAUUUCACAGGCCGGGACUUGAUCAACCUAACGCAAGAGGAUUUCAAAAAACCCCCCUUGUGCCGAGUUUCCUCUGACAAUGGGCAGCGGCUCUUGGACAUGAUAGAGACCCUGAAAAUGGAGCACCACAUGGAAGCACACAAGAAUGGCCAUGCCAACGGGCACCUCAGCAUUGGCACAGACUUCCCCACCCUUGACAGCAGCUUCAACAUCAAGGUCAAACCCAACGGGAUGCCAAAUGGGUAUAGGAAGGAGAUGAUCAAGAUCCCCAUGCCAGAACCAGAGCGCUCCCAGUACCCCAUGGAGUGGGGCAAGACUUUUCUGGCCUUUCUUUAUGCACUUUCCUGUUUUGUUCUCACCACAGUGAUGAUCUCGGUCGUCCAUGAACGAGUGCCUCCUAAGGAGGUGCAGCCUCCACUACCAGACACGUUUUUUGACCAUUUUAACCGGGUGCAGUGGGCCUUUUCUAUUUGUGAAAUUAAUGGCAUGAUCCUUGUAGGACUAUGGUUAAUUCAGUGGCUGCUCUUAAAAUACAAGUCUAUUAUUAGCAGAAGAUUUUUCUGCAUAGUUGGCACGCUGUACCUGUAUCGGUGUAUUACAAUGUAUGUAACUACACUCCCAGUACCCGGUAUGCAUUUCAACUGUUCUCCGAAGCUUUUCGGAGACUGGGAAGCCCAAGUGCGGAGAAUAAUGAAGCUCAUUGCUGGAGGUGGCCUGUCCAUUACGGGCUCUCACAACAUGUGUGGAGACUAUCUGUACAGCGGCCACACAGUCAUGUUAACACUCACUUACUUAUUUAUCAAAGAGUAUUCCCCUCGGCGACUCUGGUGGUACCACUGGAUUUGCUGGCUUCUCAGCAUAGUUGGAAUCUUCUGUAUUCUCUUGGCGCACGACCACUACACUGUGGACGUGGUGGUGGCGUAUUACAUCACCACAAGACUCUUCUGGUGGUAUCACACUAUGGCCAAUCAGCAAGUGCUAAAAGAAGCUUCUCAGAUGAACCUUCUGGCCAGGGUGUGGUGGUACAGGCCAUUUCAGUACUUUGAAAAGAACGUCCAAGGAAUUGUACCUCGAUCUUACCAUUGGCCCCUCCCCUGGCCAGUAGUCCCCCUCGGUAGGCAAGUUAAAUACAGCCGGUUGGUGAACGACACAUAACAGCUGUGCAAAUUAGGGGGAAGAGGAACUGUCCAAAGUGCUAAGAACUCCAUGAGAGAAGAUGCCAUAAAAGAAACCACCUCCCUAAUCCUAUUAUCUUUCAACAGUUACCUUGACUUAACCUAUUGAGUUACCUGCUCAGCACUGUGAUCUUUUUUUCUCUCCAAAGGACCUGCGUUGGACAACAAUAAAGAAAAUUUAACCUAUCAUGCACUGUACACAUUUCCUGUUCAUAGGUUUGGGAUUUACAUAACCCGCAACCACCGUGUUCCUUUGUAUAUGAUGCAACAGCAUAAAUGUAAGCUUUUAUAUCAUAAGUUUUGGUCUUUCCAGUCAACAUCUGGAAAUAAAGCGUAUUAUUUUCUUGGGAAAACAUACUUUUCAUAUAUCUUGCCCCAAAGAUUGGGCUGUAAGCCAUUUUCUAGCAAAUGUCUCUAUGAAGGUUUCUAAGUACCUGAAUGGGGUUCGAUUCUGAAAUCUUUCUACCUGUUGCACCGAUACUCAAAUAAAAAUGACAGAUACAGAAUGGUUUGAUAACUGGGUUUUGUAAAAUCAGCAGAGACAGUGUGUCAAAAAGUGCAAAAAAAAAAAAAAAAGA